AUGUGCGCGCCGCCCUCGGUAAAUCCUAUACAGGCCGUUAUAAGCCGUUUAGUACCCCAGGCUACCGUCCAGCAAGUUCAGGUAAUGCCCUCGGUCAAUUGCCAGCGUACCUAUGAGGUCAAAGUCUCCAACGGAACGGGCCUUGUUCUCGUCGUUCCUCCGUCGUCCAUGGUCAAGCUCCUUCGAUCUGAACGUGCCUCCGUCAUCUCGGAGGCAGCAGUCUUGAAAUGGCUUGCUGGCAAAACCAUCGAGCAGCCUCUUCUUCAAGAGCGAACGACCGAACCGAAUUAUUUGCUCGAACCCCCCUCACAUGUGGCCAAGGAGGUGAAAGGGACCCGAAGCUCCAUCGAUGACGCGGCCGAGGAUUUACGUCGUAUGGUCCCGGCUCUCGUAUCGCAUAGUGCGGCGUUGAACGAGCUGGGUCUUGAAUAUAGCCUCCUGAAACCAACACGAGGCGUCCCGAUCCCCGAGUUAAACCCACCACUCUCCCCCUCGGAACGUAGGAAAAUCGACUAUCAGAUCGGGGAGUUGUACAGGCAGCUAUGCAAGCAGGUGUCCCCAACUGGUCGGUUCGGUCCUGCCUUUGCUGUUCUCCACUCGGCUGCGUCACCCUCCGUGACUGACCUCACGAAGCAAGCAAAGCGAGAUGUGAACGCGAGGCUGAUGGAAUCAAGGGGGGUUCAGUCCUGGACUACGGCAUUUCACUCCAUGCUGGAAGCUGUUCUUCGGGACGGAGAGGACAUGCAAGUUAUGCUGGGAUAUGGUACCAUUCGCCGGCAUUUCAAGCGCCUUGAACAUAUACUCGACGAGAUCAAAAUACCUAGACUUGUGGCCGUUGACGUCGGAAAGGACAUCAACACGCUCGCGUUAAGAAAAAAUCGGCGAGGAGGCAUCGCUUCUUUUACACCAAGCAAGACGAAGAGCGCUCUCCAAACCGCCCCCCAAACCAAUGGCAAUGAUACAGAAAACGAAGGGAAUGCCGGCCAAGAGAUUGACUCAGAAUCGAACGGCGCAGCAAAUGUUUGUCUAGAUUGUCAAGACGACAUCACAAUGACCGGAAUGAAAGACUGGAGCAACUUUGUAUUCGGCGACCCGCUGUUUGCCCUCAACUUUGGCCGCGACCCGAGCAGCGACUUCCUCGCGGGGUUUGGCGGCUGUUCCAGACGGCAAGACGAGAUUUCGUCUAUAUUUUCCUCGGACUUGAUCGAAGACAAGGAGAAUGCUCACAUUCGUCUUCUUCUGUACGACUGCUAUCAUACCAUUACCCACAUCGCCAAGGGAUACUUCCGGCCGCAAAAGGAUAGUCACGGGCGCGAGCUAGAGGCUCGGAGGAGGCUCAAUGCAAUUCUGGCACAGCUAGACGUCCUGGAAGAUACUCGCAUUAGGAGGGGAAGAAGACCAAGUGGCGAAUCGGGCCCGGCGAAACGCUCCAGGAGUGGUGGUAAGGACGAUUGA